UCUCCCUCUCCGCCACUUGCCACCACUUUAAUCUUUCCGACGCUGAUCGUCCCGUCCAUGUGUGUGAGUGUGAGAGAGAAAGGUGUGUGAACUGGGGAAGCAUCAACCAGAUGAAACGGCGCGUUUUAACGAAGCAAGGCGUCGUCUUUGUCACUUUACAGGACCUGGGUCCUCACUCCUCUCAGUCAAUACCUCUCCCAUCCCCAAUUCUUGCUUUUCUUCUCGAUUCUGAAUUCUCUUUCUCCGUUAGGUCCCAAUAACUCAAGAAUUCCAGUACACGGGAGGCAAUUCAAACCGAUUCAAUUCGAUCUUUUUUCCCCGCAAAAUCUGAGACUGCCCAAUUCAUUCUUCUGCUUGUUGUUUUCGUUACUGAUUCUUGCUACCCGCGACAAUUGAGGUUUGCGUUGGGGGUUUGGAUUUUGUUGUUAGUUUGGAUCUCUGUUCGUGUUAAUUCUUUGAUCAAUUGCAGUCGUCUGCGUCCGGCCAUGGGUGCAUUUGAUGCUUGAUUGGUGUAAAUUUUGUACUCGCAUAUCUGACAAUCAUAUUUUGGUUUGAUCAUUAUGUUACCUAAACCCUUCGAUUCAUGCUUGCUUCAAACUCUUCCCGAUGAUUUAUUUGCCAUCGUCUCCCAGUUCCUCUCGCCAAGCGAUGUAUGUAAUCUCAGUCUGUGCUGCAGGAGUUUAUACGCUCUUGCGGCCUCUGAAAAGGUCUGGCUCACUCAAUGUGACAUGGUUGACAUAUUGCCCCGUAAAGACAUAGUUGAGUGGCGAAAAGGUGUGUCCUCUUAUAAGGCACUUUGCCGUUUUCUUACCAGCGUUCAACCAUUAGUUGGUAUGUGGGUUCAUCAGAAUCCUGAGCUUGGUAAUGUAGUCUAUGUCAUUCCUGGUUUUGUUUCUAUUGUUGGGUGCCGGGUUAUUCCCCAGGAGCUUGGCCCAUUGGGCAUGGAGGAUGGUCCGAUUCUCUGGGCACCCGUCUUUGAAAUUCUUGGUGACUCUGAUGGUUCAACCGCAUUUUUUCUACAUGGAAGAGAGAACGGAAUUAAUUAUAUUUAUCCUGGUUUCAUCAAACAAAUAGAAAGAACUUGCAAUGUGCUAUUGCUUGAGAUUGAGCCCACGCAGCAGAAAUGUGGUGAUACUUUUUUGCAGAGUCACAGCAUGGUACACCGCUCAGACGGGGAUUUAUCAGGAAAUAUUUGCAGUUCAAACAGUGGACUGUCUAGAUCACAUUGGACCGGAAAUAAUGAGUCGGUGGUUCCCUUUAGCAAAUUAGGUUUCAGCGAUAGAAGAAGGUUACUUGAGAUUAUUACUUGUCAAGUUCGACAAAAGGUUCCUGACAUGGCACUUGAACUCUUAUUUCCUAGGUUUAGUGUGGACAAGGACAACUUUCAGAAAGAUUUGUUGCUCUUGUCAGGAAGAAGAAGUCUCCUCAUUCAAAUGUACAAGCUUAAUUCUAAUGGUAUUCAGAUUGAUGAGAAAGCUAGCUCCCAAGAGGCAGUUGGUGCUGUGCAAUUAGAGCUGGAUGAAGUCCAAACUAGUAUUCGUUCCUGGGCUUUUGGUACACCUUCAGACGAGGUGAUUAAUUACAGAAAUUCCAACAAGAGAAAAAGCCUUGGUGGAGCCUUCUGGCAUAGCCUUAAACAUAUCCUCCGAAAAUCUAGUUCAAAUAAUGGCUGUCAUGCAGUCUCUGAGAAGGUUACUUCGAGCAGCGAGAGUAAGCAUGCACGACUUGAUGAAUUUCUCAGAUCGAGUGACGCAGUUAAACUAACAUUACAUGCGUCAACUGUAAAGUUAUCUUCGUAUCGAGCAUGGCCAAAUAUGCAUGACAGCCGAUUUGCUCUUUAUAAGCUCCGCAUGCCAGUUCCCACAGUUGACCAAGAAUACGCAGGUCUUUGGGGAGGGACUUUUGGUUGGCCUCCUGGAAAGCCUAGCAAAGACAAGUCUGGAAAGGCUCUUUUUCUGCUGCUGCUCUCUUAUGAGGAAUCUGAGGGGCAACAGCUUCUCAUUGCAACCAAAAUAUUGGAAGGCACUCACUAUGUCUUGCAUCCCAAUGGCUCAGCAAUGUUUAUAGUAAAUACCAAUGAGCCUUCAUCGGAACCCUUUCCUUGGGACCCUGAUGUGGAUUCUUUUCCCGUAAAUAUUGAGCAUGCUUUUGUGGGAGAGGGUAUUGCAACUGGUUAUGGGUUUAGAUACCCAGGAUCAAAGCCUGGUUCCCUCUUUGUAUUUAACAACGGUGUCCUAGCCUUUAUUUGGAAAGAGUCAAGGGCUGUUUUGACCUUGCAAAGGCUUAACUUGCAUGAACUAUUGAAGAAAGGUGAAAUGGUACCUGCUCUGUCUCCUGUUGCCAAUUUCUCUUAUCUGACGAAGUCUUACUCAAAUGUAUUUGCUGGCUUUCAAACCACUUCCCCUUAUUUGCCUUCACCAAGGCAAGAAACACUAGUAUCUUAAUGGCUGGAAAUUCAAUUCCUUUUGCCCCGCUGAUGACAUCAUAACAAGUUUGAAGAAUGGCUUUACUAUAAACAUAUUGGUAUUGUGAGUUGCAACUCCUGCUGUCAAGGUUUUCUUGUCACUUUCUUCUAGAGAUCUAAGUUGGAGGCAGUCUUUGGGAUAACAAAUGGUGCGUUAUAGAUUAUUAAUGUAAUAGAAUAAGCUUUUCCCUCGCAACCUUACGGGUAUAUGAUGCUGUAUGACUCUGUAUUAUAAAUGGUAGACAUUAAUACAGGAUCACAAUAAUGAUUUGUACUCAUUUGGUAAUUGCUAUAUGAUUGUUGUGACAUUGGUUGUGUCAAGCAAAGUACAAUCCCAUACUGUAAUCUCAUUAUUUGCUAUCCUAUUGAAUGGCCGAAAUAGAAAACCCAUUAUUGUUGAUUGACAAA